UUUUAAAUUAGAUAAUAAAUAAUAAUUGCUCAUUAUCUAGUAUCUAUAUCUGUGGUUUCAAAAAUAUAUUUCCGAUUUUGUUUUUGGAACUUCUAUAAUAUACUACAUAUCUGUUCUAAUUUUGUACUGUAUUAGUGUAUUAGUGUGCCUGAUGUGACCCGUGGGCCGUGGGUUUUGCGUUUUACUCCAAAGUCCGCUCGUUUUUUUAUUCUGAUGUUGGUUGACAAGUAAAAACCGACCUAUAACAAAAAUUAAAUUGUUAAAUUCAUCACGUAAUUAAACUAAGUAGUAAGUAGAUGUAUUUAUCUGUUUGAUCGAAUUGUUUUUCAUUGAAAAUUAUUAUCACCUACGCAUGAAAUGGAAGACGAGGUUGAAAUACGCAAGGUUCAAGGGUUGGAACUAAUAUUGAAAUCAAUAAAUUGUGAAAAGUAUAAAUCCAAGUUUGAAAAACAUGGAAUUAAUGAACAUACAUUUAUUCAGUUGAUAGCAGAUGAUCUCAGACUCCUGGAUGUUGAUAAUAAAGAUAUUAAUACUAUAUUGACUGCAAUUAAUGUACUCAGUAAAACAUUAAACCACAGCGAAAUACGAUUAUCAAAUGAUGAAAUUCUUAAGCUACAGUCCAAAAUUUGUGGGCAACUUGGAUACAUUGCUUUAGUUUUAAAUCAUUUACAUUCUUUAAUGAUUAAUGAUAAAAAUCAUUUAAAUGACAUGUUAAUUGAUAAUCAUAUAUCAGCAAUUGAUGCUGCUUUAAUGUUAAAGCCUUAUAUGAGAGCAGAAGAAAAAAAUAUUGAAAAUUCAUUAAAAAAUGUUUUUAAGAUUAAAACAAGAAGUAAAACUAUUAUGAUUACGACAACAAUGUGUAUAGUCCUUGUAUUUGGUCUUACAUUUAGACGUCUUAAUUAUUCAUUCAACUUCAAUUCUAUAUUCUAAAACUGAAAAACGCACAAAUUAAGUUUAUAUUAUUUAAAUUAAUUAUUAUGUUAUGUAAUAAUAUACUUUAUAUUAUUCUAAAGACUGUUUUUUAAUUUUAUAAAUAGAAUUCCAUUUUACUUUUCAAGUCAACUAUUUAGUUUUACAUUAUUUUCUAAGUUUCUUUGUAUGACAAAUUAAUAUUAAUAAAUAAUUUUGUUUUUAAAAUAUUUUUCUCAAUCCUCACUUUUUAAAUGUUAACAACAAUAAUUAAAAAAUUAUGGACAUUUCUGAAUUUUGAAAUUUGAUACUUGUAUGUACUCGGUACACAAUAGUAAUGUACUUAUGUAUUAUCAUAUUCUUAAAGCAGUGGUUCCCUAACUUUUUUUUCCACAGUUCCUUUUUUUGGACCAAAUUCAACUUUGAUGCCCUGCUGUGAAUAUCAUUGAAGGCAGAACGAAAAACAAAUUCUAUACAUUUUAAAUUAUUUAUUAUGAGCUGUAGAUUACAGUAAUACAGUGCCCUUGGAAAGUGUUCUCAAUGCAUAGUUUAAGAACUGCUGUUUUAAAGAAAUGAUAAAUCAUUGCCUUUAAAAAUACAAAUCUAUGUGGCCAGCUCUAGAUAGGCAAGAUAUCAACCUACCUAGUUUUAAUGUUUUAUUAAAUAAAUGAUUCAAUUAUAUUUUCUA